AUGACUACCCUGCAGUGUUCCGUGUGUCAGUCCUCAGUACUCAGCAGUCAUGUCCUGCUUCCACCUGAAUAUGAACUUCAGAAGAGUUCCUGCUCUCUCUCUGAGGUCAUCAGGAGAGCAGCAGACUGGCAGGAAGGUCAGAGGUCAGAGUUCAUCAGGACUGUCAUGUGUUUGGUGUGCAGGCCCACAACAGGAAGUCAGCAGGGUCACAUGAUAGCAUCCAGGAAAUACUUGCUUCAUGUUCUUCCUCAGGUGUCCUUCUUCCUCUUCAUCGUGUUGGUGGUCUACACCAUGCUGCCCUUCUCCAUGAGAGGCGCCAUCAUGGCCAGCGUCCUCACCUGCCUGUCACACACGCUCACCCUCAGCGUCUGCUUGGCCUCCGCCGCCGCUGACUUGGAGCCUCUGGUCUGGCAGAUCCUGGCCAAUGUCAUCAUCUUCACCUGCGGGAACCUGGCGGGGGCGUACCACAAACACCUGAUGGACCUGGCCCUCAGGCAGACCUACCAGGAUACCUGCAACUGCAUCAAGUCCCCCAUUAAACUGGAGUUUGAGAAGCACCAACAGGAGCGUCUGCUCUUGUCCUUGUUACCUUCUCACAUCGCCCGAGUCAUGAAAGCCGAGAUCAUCCAACGUCUUCAGGGACCAAACUUCGGUCGAACCGAGAGCACCAACAACUUCCACAACCUCUACGUGCAGCGACACACUAACGUCAGCAUUCUGUACGCUGACAUCGUGGGCUUCACCAGGCUGGCCACUGACUGUGCGCCCGGGGAGCUGGUGCACAUGCUCAAUGAACUCUUUGGCAAGUUUGACCAGAUAGCAAAGGAAAACGAGUGCAUGCGAAUUAAGAUCCUGGGAGAUUGUUACUAUUGUGUGUCGGGCCUUCCGGAAUCACUGCCUCACCACGCCAGGAACUGUGUGAAGAUGGGCCUGGACAUGUGUGAGGCCAUCAAGAAGGUCCGAGACGCCACAGGCGUUGACAUCAACAUGCGCGUGGGCGUCCACUCUGGGAACGUCCUGUGCGGCGUGAUCGGCCUGCGCAAGUGGCAGUAUGACGUGUGGUCACAUGACGUGACACUGGCCAAUCACAUGGAGGCGGGAGGUGUGCCAGGGAGAGUCCACAUCUCAUCGGUCACUCUGGAGCACUUGAAGGGCUCCUAUGAGGUGCAGCCUGGAGACGGACAGAGUCGCGAUUCCUACCUGAAGGAACAUGGAGUGGAGACCUACCUGGUCAUCAACCCCAAGACUGAGAGGCACAGCCCCCUGCUGGGCUUGCGCUCUCGCCCGUCUCUGGAUGGCGGCAAGAUGAGGGCGUCUGUGAGGAUGACCCGCUACUUGGAGUCCUGGGGGGCGGCCAAGCCCUUCGCCAACCUGCACCACCGUGACAGCAUGAGCACGGACAACGGCAAGAUCAACACCACCGAUGUUCCCAUGGGGCAGUACCACUUCCAGAGACGGGAGAGGUCCAAGUCUCAGCGGAGAAGAUUCGAAGAGGAACUCAAUGAGCGGAUGAUUCGCACCAUUGAUGGAAUCAACUCGCAGAAACAGUGGCUGAAGUCCGAGGACAUCCAGAGGAUCUCCUUGUUCUUUCACAACAAAGCUCUGGAGACCGAGUACAGAUCCACCACCUUGCCUGCCUUCAAGUACUACAUCACCUGCGCCUGCCUCAUCUUCUCCUGCAUAUUCAUCGUGCAGGUCCUCGUCUUGCCCAAAAGUGCAGUGCUGGGGAUCUCCUUUGGUGUGGCCUUCCUGCUGCUGGCUCUCAUCCUGCUGCUGUGCUUUGCUGCUCACCUCCUGGUGAGUGCCACUCCCUCACUCACUCUUCAACACAAUCAACUGGUGAGUGCCACUCCCUCACUCACUCUUCAACACAAUCAACUGGUGAGUGCCACUCCCUCACUCACUCUUCAACACAAUCAACUGGUGAGUGCCACUCCCUCACUCACUCUUCAACACAAUCAACUGGUGAGUGCCACUCCCUCACUCACUCUUCAACACAAUCAACUGGUGAGUGCCACUCCCUCACUCACUCUUCAACACAAUCAACUGGUGAGUGCCACUCCCUCACUCACUCUUCAACACAAUCAACUGGUGAGUGGCCACUCCCUCACUCACUCUUCAACACAAUCAACUGCAAGGAGGAAGGGAUCUGUGUGCUCCUUCGUGUGGUCGAGCACUUCCUCCCGCGUCAUCGUCACCGACAACCCCUGGCUGCGACUAGUCCUCACCGUGACGACCACCACGCUCAUCCUGGUGAUGGCCGUCUUCAACAUGGUGAGUCCAAGUGCAAACAGCUGA